AUGGGAACGAAGAUCGAGUACGUUGACUCGAGUCACAUGUACGCGACGAACUACAUCCGCAACUCGAAAGCGAUCGCCGUUCUGUGGGCGAUCUUUAGCAUCUGCUACGCGAUCAUCAGUGUCGUUGCGUUCGUAACACCAGAAUGGGUAGGUGAUGCAGAUUCCGACAUUGGCAGUCGCCUUGGUUUGUGGCAAGUUUGUCAGAAAGAUGAUCUCACCGAUAGCUGUACCGGGCGCCUCGAGGAACUAUUAGAAAUGCAAUCUAUAGCGUUUCAGGUUGCAACCGUGUUUUGUGGUUUGGCCGUUGCCACUUCUGCGCUGGCGAUCUGCUGCCUACUGCUGAUGGUAUUCAUGAAGUCAACGACCGUCUUUCAUAUCUGCGGCUGGAUGCAGAUGCUUUCCGCCCUUUGUAUGGUCAUUGCAUGCGUUUCGUUCCCGUUCGGAUGGAAUUCGGACGAGUUCCGUAAGAUUUGCGGUCCAGAGUCGAACCGAUUCGAAGUAGGGCUGUGCAGUUUGCGCUGGGCCUAUCCGUUGGCGAUUAUUGCUUGCAUCGAUGGAUUCAUUUUGGCAACACUAUCCUUCAUCCUUGCGACACGACACGUCCGCCUACAACCGGAACCGCAAUACCAAAGCAGAGAAAUCAACAACGCGUACGUUACGGAUGUGGCCAGUAUCGCUGGCUCUCGGAAGUCGCUCAAUCUACAACCCGUGCUGCUGGUGGCACCUCCGCACAUAAUAUUCUAA